GCCCGUAGCUUUGAAAACCCUAAAUUUCCUCAUCAUGUUUGUCGCCUUUGGAAGUCUCUCUAUGGUCUUAAGCAAUCUCCCCGUGCUUGGUACUUCCACUUCUCUGCAUUUCUUAUUCACUUGGGCUUCAUGGCUUCCAAGGCGGAUCCUUCCUUAUUCAUUUUUCAUAAAGAUGGCAACUUUAUCUUCCUUUUGAUUUACGUGAAUGAUAUUAUUGUUGUUGGUAAUGCUUUGUCACAGGUUCAAGCUCUUCUUAAGUCUCUUAACCGUCAAUUUGCUAUGAAAGAUUUGGGGGUUCUCCAUUAUUUUUUGGGCAUUGAGGUAAAGUGUACUUCAGAUCUGUUGUGUUUGACUCAAGCCAAAUAUGCAGCCUAUCUUCUUAAAGGGGCCACCUUACAUGAGGCUAAUCCUUGUCUCACUCCAGUUGCCACUGGCUCUCAACUUCGCUCUCUUCAUGGCUCAUCUCUCUCCGACCCUACUGAGUAUCACAGUCUUGUUGGCGCGCUUCAAUAUCUCACCCCCAUCCAUCUGGACAUCUCCUUUGCCGUCAACCAAGUUUGUCAAUUCAUGCAUCAACCUACUGGUAUUCAUUGGAAAGCUGUCAAGCAUAUUCUCCGUUAUGUUCUUGGCACUUCUCAUGAUGACCUUGUUUUUCGCCCUGGUGACUCUUCCAUGAUUGCUUUCUCUGAUGAAUUACAUGUCUCUUUGUCUUCACCUCCUUUGCUUUGGUGUGACAACACAAGCUCUAUUGCUCUUGCUUCUAAUCCGAUCUUUUGUGUGCACACCAAACACAUUGCCGUUGAUUAUCAUUAUGUCCAUGAACUUCUCCUCGCUGGCUCAUUGAAUGUUAGUUAUGUCUCCACCCAUACUCAACUAGCUGACAUUUUUAGCAAGGGUCUCCUGCGUCCUCGAUAUGGUAGAGGGGCGCUGGAUCGUACAUGGACGGUAGUUGGAGUCUGCGGCUCUCCUAGGGUUCCCUCAUCUGGGAUCCCUAGGGAAGAGGAUCAAGUUGGCCCUUGCGAACAGCUUGAUGCACUAUCUCCCUUCAACCCUCUGAGCUACAGGCCCCACCCCGUCUCCACUGGAUCUGUUCCCAGGAAGAAUGAAUGUAGGACAGAUAUUUGA